ACCCGACGUAAAUAUGUCAUCCAUCUCAGAAAUAUACCUAGUUUCUGAUUCAGAUUUUCAGAGCUAUGCAAAGCCUGUCACCGAAGUGGACGACUGCACGGAUUCCAUACUAGAGAAGGUGGUUACAUCUUCCAAAUUCGGGGGUUCUGUGUCUUUGUUCAAAGUCAAGCUGUGCACCAGUAGCACCUACGGAUCAGGUUUGAGCAACUUAAACGCUGGAAUUCUGCUUUGUUUGAUAGAUGAAAAUGGAGACUCGAUCUUUCACAGGAUAUCAGCUAGUUCUAUGAGAGACCAUACUAAGCAACCGGAGGAGAAGGUUGUUUCUGAUGUACUCCAUUUCCAACGAGCUUCCGUUGAUGAGUUCACCUUCGAGGGACCUAAACUAGGAAAAAUUGAAGCUCUUUGGAUCAGUGUUGAAUCAGGUCAAUGGAGAUUGGGGGGUGUGAGCUUAACUGUUAUUUGUCAGUGUCAACCUCUUCCCACAGAAGCAAAUGACGGAAAAGAAAUUCAGUAUAUUGCUUUGCAGUACGACUUUGAAGAUGACGACAUUCCGCUCGGUGAUCAGGGAAGUGGCAUGUCUACGGUGGAGCUUAGACCUAGUCUAGUUACGGAGUUUGCUGGAGAAAACUUUACCUCGUUAAGCAAAAAACUCCUGCAAUCAACGUCAUCUGCAAGGCACGCUACAUCAAAUGAAGAGUGUGCAAAUUUGAAGUCGUCCUUGCUAUUUUACGACGCCAUGCUCGUCCUUGCUGGUUCGUCGAUUGCAUCCUUCUCAUUCGGGGAAAAUGCUGCAUUUGCUUUCUUAACUGGCGGCGUUGUUGGCUUCUUAUAUCAGUUAUUGUUGCAAAGGUCCGUUGAUGGAUUACGGGCUCCUGCGUCGACUACAAUGAACAGGACGGGGAAUUUCAUUGAAGUUUUUGGAAGAUUAAAGAGUGGGUCAAUCCUAGUGCUACUAUUGCCAUUAUUGUUUGCCACAAUUGCAGUGAAAUAUGGUGCCGUCGAAGAAGUCGUGUCUGGGAUGGUGGGGUUUCUUACAUGUAAAGUGGCUGCGGUGUUGGCGGCAAUCAAACCUAUGCCAUUCAGUCUUUAAUUAGGAGAACAAGUGUUAGGAUAUUCUUGAAAAAUGAAGAUUUAAUAAAAAAAAUUAUAUUCUAUUCCAAUCCUGACAAUGAAUAA